AAACUCAAUACAGUCGUCCUUAUACAGUUGUAAUUAUCAUUCAUAACGGAAAUAACUAUAUGUCAGCCACACAGAACUCAUUCCUCGCUACGUCGUUUCUAUCACGGCUGAUUAUUUCUGAGGAUGAAUCUGGACGUACAUUUCAAAAUCUCUGCCAGUUGUAAUGGAUUAUUAAAGACCUUGUAACCGAUGGGUAGAUCACGCAAUUUCAUGAAGCUCAACUUCGGAUUUACCAAUACCACAACCCAUACUCAUUCGCCUUGAUCUUCAACAUCAUGUAACAGAUUAACGGGACUAACGGGUUUUGACCAGGUACUCAGUCUGUCUCUCCACCUGUUCACUGACCAAUGACGCCAGUCUCAACGACAGCCGGAGUUGGGAGAUAAAUCAAUGAGUAUGCCUUCGAGUGGCACCAUUGGCUCUUGGAGAGCGGAGUCGGGCGAAUGGCAAGAGACAUGUGCUCUGGAGUUAAAUCUCAUGUUUAUGUAGGAUAAAGACUGUCAGUUCCACUCAAACCGAUGUGGGUUGUUAAGAUGGAGUUGCGAGAGCGAAUGGCACACUGUCCUAACUAUAUUGAGUGAAUGGUUAGGAUAAUCGUUGAUGUGGAGUGCUGGUGAGACUGAUUCUCAUAAAAUAUUUUCACGAUGUUUAUCAUUUUCGUCAAAUAUAUUUCAAACUGCCGAGUCGUGCCUGUUCCUGUAUUUUUGUUGCGAGUUAAAAACGCCAUGCUGUCGUGAUUUUUGAAGACCUUUCACUGAAAUUGCUAAAAUACUGCACAAGAAUGGUUUGACCACCUAGCAUGGAAUAUAUUCUUUUUACCAAUAGACUGUACCUUGUGGAUUAAGGUGUGCAGUCCACAGCCGGUUAUGGGGAAACUCUUUGGAACCAGUGAAAACAUCGAAGCAUAUGAUGCAAACGAAGUCCCAAUGGUACUGUGAUAAUUUGUCAAGGAGCUGACAUAUUGUUUCUGUACUGGACGACGAGUUAAAUUUUCAGUAUGUUUUUGCUGUUUGUAUCUGCCAUUUUCGUCAUGCUGACGAAGUGCUUUUGCCAAAUUGACUUAUAUAUUCUUGGACUUUUCCCCUUCGAGGGGGCAUGGCCCGGAGGGGUGGCGUUGUUGAACGCUGUCCAGAUUGGCCUGGAACAGAUUAACGAGCGGGAGGAUGUCCUUCCGGGAUAUAAGCUGAACCUAAUAUGGAAUAAUUCAAAGUGUAAUCCCGGCCUGGGGGUGGACAUCAUGUACAAGCACCUGUACGCCCCACCCACAAAGAUCCUGAUCCUGGGGGAUGGUUGUUCCGGGGUGAGCGAGGCCACGGGACAGUCCUCACACCUGUGGAAUCUGGUCCAGAUGUCCUACGUGUCUGUGUCCCCCUCCCUGUCCGACAAGAACAGGUUUCCACGUUUCGUCCGCUCUAAUUCCCCGGAUGUGGAUGUUAACCCGGCCCGUGUGGAGAUCUUCAAACAGUUUGGCUGGUCAAACAUCGCCACGCUGCACCAAUCCUUUGAACUCUUCUCAGUGCCAACAGAGGAUCUGAUGGCUCGACUAAAAGAAGCCAACAUGACAAUCGUGAGAUCUGAGAUUAUCACCGGAAGUCCAGCCGUACAGGUGAAGGCCCUUCAGGAUGCUGAUGUGCGAAUCAUUGUUGGCAGUUUUUACGAAAAUAUGGCACGACAAGUAUUUUGUGAGGCUUACAAGGUAGGACUAUACGGCAAUAAGAUCGUGUGGGUGAUCAACGGAUGGUUUGACGACUUCUGGUGGCUGGUUCCCGACGUCAAUGUGGACUGCACACCGGAGGAGAUGUCGCGAGCAGUAGAAGGCUACAUCGCCGUCGACAGGCUCUACAUCAGCCCCAUAGAGAUCCCGGCUAUAUCCGGCCUCACCCCCUCCCAGUACCUGGCUGUAUACGCCAACAGAACCAACAACGUCAACUACCCAGGGACCAAGGCCGCACCCAUGGGGUACGACUCCAUCUGGGCCCUGGCUUUAGCUCUGAAUGACACUCUCACGGAACUUAUUGAUACUGGAAACCCUAAACGGCUUGAGGACUUUGCCUACAGUGAUGCCGAACUUGGCCUGCUUAUUUGGACCAAGAUGUUGAAUGUCAAGUACAGAGGGGUCAGGGGUCAAGUGGCUUUUAAUGAGAAAGGUGACCCCGUGGCUAUGUUCAGCAUAGAUCGUAUUCAGGGUGGUGAGGUUCAGAUGGUUGGUCUCUAUGAUCCGAACUUGGUCGCCGACGUGAAGAUCGAAUGGCUCCCAGCUACACCCAUCGUAUGGGCAGGUGGAAAGAUACCCAAGGACUCUCUGACGAUCUAUCGGACCACCACCCGCCUGUCCUUCCCUCUGUAUCUGUCCAUGUGCUGCAUCUCGGCGCUCGGCAUCGCCCUCAGCAUAUGUUUCCUUGCCUUCAACAUUCACUUCAGGAAGUUGCGUAUUGUGAAGAUGUCGUCACCACGCCUGAACAACGUGAUUCUUGCGGGAUGUGUACUCCUCUACAUCACAGUGUUCUUAGAGCAGACUGAUAAGGAGCUUGUGGCAGGCCUCUGUCUUUCCAAGGUGUACCUCCUGACGCUGGGCUUCUCCAUGGCGUUCGGGGCGCUGUUCGCAAAGACCUGGAGGGUGCACGUCAUCUUCACGAACGCCACGAAACAGAAGAAGGUGCUGAAAGACAGUCAACUAUUUGUCAUGGUCGGAGUUUUGGUUGCAAUCAACACAGUGGUCCUACUUAGUUGGACAUUCAUUGACCCACUUAGGGUCAUUGACAACGACCUUGACCCAGUUGUGUAUGAAGACAGGGACGUCGAGAUACGGAGUCACGUGGAAACGUGUACGUCGACCAAACAGAUCUACUUUGUUGGAACUCUGUUCGGAAUCCAGGGAAUCCUACUGCUGCUGGGGACUUUCCUCGCCUGGGAAACCCGGAAGGUAAAACUUGAUGGUUUGAACGACUCUAAGAUGAUUGGCCUUUGUAUCUACAACGUGAUAGUGUUGAGUUUCCUGGGGGUCACUGUCUCCAUGACCCUGGGGUCACAGAUUGAACUCAACUAUGCUCUGACCUCCAUCAUCGUGAUCAUCGCCACGACCGUAACCAUGUGUCUCAUCGUUGUACCCAAGAUCGUUGCAGUCAGGACAAAUAGUGUUGACAUCGUCGAAACCACAACCGCCACCAACGGCGCCGCAGUGAACACCAUGCAGAGCAACGUUCACACCGCGAAGAUAAACAUCUUGGAGCUACAACUGAAGGAGAAAGAUAAGGAGAUCGCUCGACUGAAGGAGAAGCUGGACAAAGCUGUUGGUGGUGUGGUCCCCAAAGAAGAGGACGUUUGAUCAGUAACUAGAGGUCAAUGAACACUGCAUUUUAGAAGUUAAUGUCGAGUACUGGGGUUAGCAUUUGUUACCUCGAAUUUUGGAAACCGUGAAAUUCGCGACAUGAACCUGGACUCUUAUCGAGAUUCUGGACUUCUAUGUGAGUAAGUGGGAAUGUUGUUUAACGCCGCAUUCAGCAGUUUUCCCGCUAGAUCACGGCGGCCUGUGAAUAAUUCAGUCCUGACAGGAAAAGCAGGAACCGACAGCAUGAGCAACGACCCGCGCCGUCUGGGUACGAUCUGGUCUUAUCUGGUCCGAUUUCGUCUUCCCUUACGACCAGUAAAACACAUACGUGUCUUCGAAUGCGACAGAAGAGCCACACAUCUUCCUAUCUUGUAAACUUUCACUCAGCUUAUCGUGGUAUCGUGGUAUUGAGUUUAUCUGUCCUAUACCUCGGCUACUGAGAUACGUCCUUCGUACAAUGACAGGUCGCAUGUGUUGUACUAGAUUUGGAUAGUUCAAUAUUGACAGCUAUUUCAUGACUGUUGUUGUUUGUUUGUUUGUUGUUUAACGCCGCACUAUUCCAACUAUUUGACGGCGGUCUGAAAAAUAAUCGAUCUACGCAAUUGGGAUACGAUGGCAUGCAUCAACCAAGUCAGCGAGCCUGACCACUCGAUCCGGUUAAUCGCCUAUUACGACAAGCAUAGUCGCCUUUUAUGGUAAGCAUGGGUUGCUAAAGACCUAUUCUUCCCCGGAUCUUCACGGGUCAUUUCAUGAUUGUAAUUAUUAUAUGACAAUAUCGGAUUCGUUGUUCUGUCGUUACACUGGAUUGUCUAAUUUUAAUGUUAGGUCAUAACAAAUUAUAUCAAAUGUAUUUGUACAUGCACUAUUUAUCAAACAGAAGAAACGAACGUGUACAUGCAUAUCUGCAUGGUUCUCAAUGCAUUCGUAUUUUUUCAGGACAGUAAUGUAACUAAAUGGUUUUGAAUAGAAAUACAAUUUAUUUGCUGUUAA